AUGGCCGCCACUCGCAAGCGAUCUCGUAUCAGUGAUGACACGCCGAUGGUGCAAAGCGAGCACCACGCCUCAGCUGGCGACGCCCGUCUAGACAACGAUCGGCCCACAGCGACGUCCAGUGCGAGCAGCACCUCCAGCUCGCAGUACGACGAGUCGACGACGGGCUUCUGCAAGAGAUGUGCAGCGUCCGUGGGCGACUUCUACAACGCGUUCCGGCAGGUCACGACCAACUACUAUCUGCCGCUGCUGCUGGGGUCGUACAGCAGCCGGCUGCUCGAGGAGGACAAGGUGUCGGCGGCGAAGGCUGGCACGGCUUUAAAUGGAUGCUACAUCCGCCCGCUCUGCUGCCCCAACUGCAGCGACAGCCUGGGCUUUCUCGUCACGGACGCCCCGCGAGACAAGGACGCAUUCCGCGACCGCGACUUUUUCAAGCUCUCCAAAAUCCAAUUGAAAUGCGAAGCAGCCGGCCACUGGGAACCCGUCGAACCACGCCUCGCCUCUGUCCCUGACGCUCACCACCACGACCGUCGCCAAGAAGACAUGUCGCUUCUGCCCGCCAUGGAGGGCGACGCAGCACCACCGGGCCACCCUCCACCGCAACACCAGGCCCGCCGUGCUGAGCCUAACCACGCCCAGUCGCCAGCGCCGCCGCCAUCGCAUGCUCCUAUCAAGCCCGCCGUCACCACUCAGGCACCGCCAGCCCACCAGCCCGCGGCGCCUCAUCAGCACUCUAACUCGAUGGCUUUCACACGGCCGCCGCCUUGGGACCCCAAACCAAGCCUCGCAGACCGGUCCCGCGACUUCCCAACUCCUCCAGUAGUUCCCAGCUCUCCCGCGACGCCGCACCAGGCCAAUGGCCGGGCCUACCCUCCAGCUUCAGAGGUCAAGUUCGAGAGCCUGUCCCGGGUCCAGGCACAGGUCAGCCAGAACUCGGCAAGUCUGUCAGCCCAGCAGCAGCAGUUCCAGCGCUUGGAAGAGAACGUGCGACGCCAGUUCGAGGCUCUUGAGGACGGUAUGCGGCGGCAUAUCGAGGCCGAGGCGAACUAUCAACGCUCCGAGAUUAAGCGAGUAGACGACGCACUUCGAGGAAUGCACGACACUUUGUCGAACAUCGUCCGAGAUAUGAAUUCCCGCAUGCAGCCAAUUCUGGCACAGGACUCAGCCCUUGAAAUGAUGGUACAAAACAUCAAGGAAAUCCGCGAUAAGGCGAGCGAGAUCGAGCAUCUAAAGAUGACCAUGGAGAUUCUGAAGGGUAAAGUUUUACGCAUGGAGGGAGGUGGUGCUAUGCCUCCUGCCAACUCGCACGCAUUUCCGUCUCCUCGGGAGCUCUCGUCGAGUUCGGCCCACCACACGCCUCAUCACACGCCUCACCACACACCUCAUGUUCUGCCAAGUAAUGUACCAAACUCGAUUGCGAGCUCGCAUACCAUGCCCAACCCUAUGCAAAAUUCGGGUUCGCAGCAAAACUCAAUGCAGCAGCUUCCAAGCUUCCCACAUAACACUCCGCCCAACGUGCCCCUUCUCAGCCAGCCGACUCAUCAUAAUCACCAGGCUCAAAGACCAAAUUCAUACCAUCAAGGCCCACAAGGUCCAGCCCGUCAGAGUCCAGCCCAUCAGAUUCCAUCUCAUCAAGGACCAGCCCAUCAGAGUCCAUCUCUCCAAGGACCAGCCCAUCAGACCCAUCAGAGUCCAUCUCUCCAAGGACCAACCCAUCAGAGCCCAUCACAUCAAGGACCAGCCCAUCAGACUCCGUCCCAUCAAUCCCCGGCCCACCAAACACCAGGCCCGAGCCAUAUGACGCCAGUGAACUCACAGCAUGCCGAGGCCGAAAAGCAGCAGAGCGGGUGGGUAACCGUCAAUUCUAACAUGAAGCGUGGUCACCCAAACGGGCCGGAAGGUCCACACGACAUGGUAGGUCAGCCUAUUGGAUCGCCAAAACGCCCGAAGCUGGCGCCAAUCGAGCCUCGCAUGGCGUACGAGCCAAACCAAACACCGCACCGAUCCCCACCACAACAGAUCCAGUACGACCAAAUGGACACUUCGGACACCGAUUCGCGAGCGCUACCGCAGAUCCAGUCUCUUCCACAGUCGCAAAGCCAAUCACAUGACUCGUUAAGCGAAGCCUCCAUCGUCUCCCACAACUUCAUCGCCUACAACACGCAGGACGGCCCACCGGACCACAGCUGGCGUCCAGAGUCACAGCGUAUACCAAUUGAACAUCACCGACCGGGCCGCGGAGGGAGAGGCCGUGGCGGUGGUCCUGGCAGCCGGGGUGGACGCCCGCGUAAGAGCGCGCCCGUUGUCGUGGACGCCGAGCUGGGAACACCCGAAUGGGAAAAGGAGGAUUGGACCGGAGUCAACUCGCAAACCAGCCCAAACGGCUACUAUAUGCCCGGCGAACACAAACAAGGUCGUGAUAUCGUACGACGAGGCUCUGGUGGAGGCGGCAAUGCCUCUGCGGCCAGGGCUUCCCGCCCUACUAGCUCUAGCGGCCGUUCCGUCAGUAUGGGCAUGCAAGGUGUUACUCCGGGCCCAGGCAUCAAUCUCGUCGGUCAAGACCCGUACUCGCACAUGAAGAAGACGCGGACGAAGCCCAUUCGCAAUGCCGACGGCAUCCUCAUCCGCAAAGACGGCCGCCCAGAUAUGCGAUCCCAAUCCUCGGCCGCCAAUCUCCGCAAGGUGCACGCUCGCAAGGAAGAACAGAAAGGCAGUCGAGAAUAUACACCGACGUCUGGCUUAUAUUACUCGACCGGAGCAGGCGACGAAUCACCGAGCCCGAUGGAAGGCGGCGAGGACGCGGGCCCCGCGUCGCAGCACAAGCACCAGAUGAUCAUGCGACGGAUGUUCCCAGAGGGGUUAGAUGAAGCGAGACGCGGACACGACUACGCAAAGCAGAUUUUCGAUUCUGCGGCACUGGCGAAUGCGGGCGCUGCGGCGGCGAGGGGCCAGCAGAUCAAGCUGACGAUUGAAGGGGAGAGUAGAGUCGCAAGCAGCGAUGUCAGCCCCGUGACGAGUGCAGGUUCUGGUGGAGACGGCGACGUUGAGAUGCGUGAAGUCGGAGUGGAUUCGCGAUCGCCGAGUGUUGGCCAACCAGUGACGGGCGAACAAUCCAAAUCGCCUGUGCAGAUUCAAACGCAAGGGCAGACGCAGACGGUAGAGGGAGUGCCGGACUCUCAAACGACAGAGGACUCUCAAAUGACAGCAUCGCAAGAGCAACAGCGCACUCCCGGUCCUGAUAGCGCAGACAAGACCCGCAUGAGCAUCGAAAACGAACGCCAGCACUACCUCACAACUUCCGAACGCGCCGCCAAAGCCGCUGCUCCUUUGACUCCCCAGCCUGAGCCUGCUCAGCUUCCUACCACCACAGUAGCUGAAGGUCGGCGCCGCCGCGGCAACACCCUCGAAGCAGCCGCCGUGCGCUCCUCGCCCCGCAAAGCAGUCGACCGCGGCGACGUGCCUGGCGCUGACUAUGCGAAGGAGAAUGAACCUAUGAUUACGCGGCGGAGGAGAGGGAACACGCAGGAUCGGAUACAUCUCUCUGAUCAAGACACUGCGAAGGGUGGCGAGGUGAAGAUGACCGCGUGA